AUGUUGCGAGACUUGUGCACCCCGCAGACGCCGAAGGACAAGACGUACGAAGAUGUGCACGCUACUGGGGGAAAAUUUUUGACCGACCACAUGUAUCCUGACCACUGGACCACGAGGACGCUUACCUUACUUCCCUACCCUCCCAAAUUAAGGUGUAAAUAUUGUGAUGAAGAUUUCAUAUCAAAAAAUUUUAUGAGACACUUGGAGAGACUUCAUGGAACAGAAACGGCGGUACAGGAUAUAUUAAAAUACCCCAAAAAGAGCAAACAAAGACGUCAAGCACUCUCUUUGUUGCGAAACGCAACAAAUUUUGAUUUAUAUAUAGGCGGGACAGUUCGACCAAAUCGAAAAAUUAAAAAGCAAUGUACGAAGGAAGAUUAUUACGCUCGUACUGCAAAGUCAGCAACAGUCAGAAAUAACAGCAACAAUUUGUCGCAAUCACAGACGUUAGUAGCUUGCGCUAUUGAUCCAACUGACACUAUUUCAAAACUAAACGUAAAAAAACAGGUAUUUGAUAUGAUGAAAGGAGAUGAUGUAGCUUUUGAGGCUAAAAAGGACCUUUUGAUUACCCACUUUGAAGAAUCUUACUUGAAAAAGCAUAAAAAAGAACAAAUGAUGUACCCAUGUAGCAAUAGAAUGCGAGAACUCGCUCGACUUUUAAUUCGAUAUCGGCAAAUUGUGAAUAAAAUAAAUAUCUCUUUUAAAGAACUUUUGCAUCCAAAAAACUUUGAUGCCGUUGUAUUGACCACUAGAGAAAUUGCUGGCUACGACCCAGAAAAAAAGACCUUCAAAGCGCCAAGCUUGGCUAUGCACAUGGGCACCUCAUUGAAAAUGGCUUGUGAUGAAUUGAGUCACUUAGUUCUAAAGGAAAGUAGAGGUUACACAUGUGCGUCAUCAACAGAAUUAAAUUUAUGGCUAAAAAGCAUAAGGAAUUUUAAGAGACUAGUGGAAGCGCGAUGGAAUACGAAAAUUUCUUCGCUCGCGCAUAAAGAUUUGCAGGAAAAGAAAUGGAGUAAACCUCUCCUUGUGCCUUUGGUCAGCGAUAUUAAACAUUUUCGCGAUGAAUGUAUCAAAAUCGCAAAUGAUUGUAAGGAACUAUUUUCCGAGAAUAAAGACGAUAUUAAAACUUAUACAUCGUUGGUGCAAUGCACCUUAGCUUUGUUAAUAAUAUUUAACAAAAGGCGCAUUGGGGAUGUACAAUUUUUAAAAAUAAAGGAUUAUAAUAAUGAAGUUAAGAGUAGUUUUGAAGACUUUGAAAACGCUCUAACUGAGACUGAAAAAAUGUUGACCACAAAAUACAAAAGAGUAGUUAAUAGUGGUAAGGGAUCUCGAGCAGUGGUCAUUUUAAUCCCCGAAAUAUUACAAAGUUAUAUAACAGUACUUCUUGAAUUCAGAAAAAAAUAUAUUCCCCCUGAUAACGAUCACGUGUUCGCAAUUCUUGGCAGCAAAGUUCAGUGGGGGAAGGGCGACGUCGCCAUUCGAAAACUUACAAAAGGCAUGAAAUUAGAUAAUCCUCAAACGAUAACCAGUAACAAGUUAAGGAAGCACAUAGCAACUGUUACCCAACUACUGAAUUUAACUCAGGAAGAAGCAAAACAGUUUUCGGCCUUCAUGGGACAUACCCAAAAAACUCCGAAUUUUACGAGCUACCAAUAGAUAUAUACCAGACUGCUAAAGUAUCCAAGCU